AUAAGUUAUAUAUUGAUAAUAAUAAAAUGAAUCCUUUUAUAAGAUUAUGCAAAGAUGUAGCUCUUCAUGGAUCAACAAGCAUUACUUAUCAACAACGAGGUAAUUUGCUGCUAGAAAGUGAAUUUUUCAAAAAGUCACCAGUAGAAUCCGGAACCUCAAUGUUGGACGCAAAUAUCAAUAUUAUAUCUUUAAAUAACAAGCUUCUUUCUGAUAUACCUAGCAGUAUACAAACAUUGGAAUGUACCAUUUGUAAUACAAAAACCGUAUUUCAUGAUGCAACAAUAAUACUCAACGAAUUGUUCAAUAGUAGUGGACACUUAGAAGAUAUAAAUAAAUAUUUAAAUAAAUAUAUUACGGAAAAAAAAGAAAAAUGGUGUCCAAACUGCAAAAAAAUAAGUAGAAAUUCCAUAAGAGUAUUGCAGGAACAUAUUUUAUUGGAAACAGACGUAUUUAAAUAUAAUACGAUAAAUGAAAAUAAAAUCUUAGUCAAUGAUAUAACAUCAAAGUUGUUUAUUGGAAAAGAAAGGUUUUCACUACAGUCAAUAAUUUCAUACAUUGGAGAUUCAGAUGUAAAAAACAUGGGCCACUACGUAACACACUGCAAACGUGUAAAGGUUAUUGGGAAAUAUAUAAUAACUUGGUAAAAAAAAGAACAAUAUAUAAG